AACAUUUCCGCCGCGCGCCUCACUGAACGAUUAAAGUUCAUAAACCUGCGACGUUUGACCCCAAAAGUGAUAAACAUCCGAGGAAGGUUCUGGUGGAGGUGAGCGGACGUGUUUGUGGAAGAAAGCGGCUUUUGUUUGUAGAAAUGCUCGAAACCACGAGCGUUUGGUUUGACGCAGUUCGUUCUCCGCCCCUGAAGACACUUAUAUAAGAUGGAACCGAGUAUAAAUGUCGUGAGAAUCCGCUUUAGUCACGCAGCGUCCCGCAUUUCGACCCGCUUCAGUUCGGUGCGUUGGCUUUAGGUUGGCGUCUCCGUUUUCCGACGGCCCGUGAAGGCAGCAGAGGCUCAUCUGUUGAUCGGGAAACUAAUCAGGAGCCAAAGUCAGGACUUUCUGCUGCUAGCGGCGCCGGAAAAGUCCGCCGCGCGGGAGGUUCUGACCCAGUUGGCGGGUUCCGGGACUCCUCUGAGCGCCAGCGCCGUUUGGGAUGAGUGUUCGCGGGGCAGCUUCGGCUUAAGGAGCGGAGGACUUUCCCGCGGCCAGCCCGGGCUCGCGGCUAACUCUUUAGCCGGGAAAGAAGUGCGAGCGCGCGCCCGAAAAUGGAGCUGGACGACGCGGUUCUGUACCAGGACGAUUCGGGCAGCUCUGCCAUGAUGUCCGAGCGCGUGUCCGGCCUGGCCAGCUCCAUCUACCGCGAGUUCGAGCGGCUGAUCGAGAAGUACGACGAGGAGGUGGUGAAGGAGCUGAUGCCGCUGGUCGUGGCCGUCCUGGAGAACCUGGACUCGGUGUUCGCGGUCAACCAGGAGCACGAGGUGGAGCUGGAGCUGCUGAAGGAGGACAACGAGCAGCUGGUCACGCAGUACGAGCGGGAGAAGGCGCUGAGGAAGCACGCGGAGGAGAGGUUCAUCGCGCUGGAGGACUCUCAGGACGGCGAGAAGAAGGACCUCCAGACGCGGCUGGCGGCGCUGGAGUCUCACGUCCGCCAGAUGGAGCUGAAGACGAAGAACUACGCAGACCAGAUCAGCAGGUUUGAGGAGCGGGAGGCGGAGCUAAAGAAGGAGUACAACGCCCUCCACCAGAGACACACCGAGAUGAUCCACAGCUACAUGGAGCACCUGGAGCGGUCCAAACACCCCCCCGCCGCACCGGCAGAACCCGCCGACCCGGGCUCGUCCGCUCGAACACGGUCAGUGAACAGGAAGGAGCGGCCCGUCUCCAUGGGCGUCUUCCAGCUUCCUGGGGGUGAGGGUUUGACCUCUGACCUCCACAGAGAACCCCUGGACUCUCCCUCAGAGCCUUGGAGGUUCAACAACCUCCAGCACCUUCGCUCCAACACCAGCCUGAAGGAUGAGCUGGGACACUUCACCAAUGGAAGGUCCAAGUCCAGAUCUGGAGCUUCUGCGUCCCCAAAGGAUGGAGAGUCCAAACCCAGCAGCUCCCAGUCUGCCGCGGCGCCGCCCAGAACCGGACCCGCCUCCUCCUCUGUUUCUCUGGAGUCUGUAGUGAAGCACCCUCAGGAACCUGCAGAACGCCAGAAUCUGGACAGCGUUGUUCUGGAAGGAGACCAGAACAACGCUGCGGCGCAGGAAGGAGGGCGGGGCCAGUUUGGGGCACAUGACCAGGAGUCUGCUCAGGCCCCCCAGCAGGGUGACGACGGAUCCGAAGACGCAGAACCUUCAGAGGUGCAGGCCAUCAUCGAGUCCACCCCGGAACUGGACAUGGACCUGGAGGGCUGCCAAGGAACCAGCACGCCGACCAAAGGAGGCGUGGAGAACCUGGCCUUCGACCGGAACACGGACUCUCUGUUUGAGGAGCUCUCGUCAGCAGGAAAUGACCUCAUCGCCGACAUGGACGAAGGCGCCGACCUGCUGGGAAUGGGUCGGGAAGUGGAACAUCUCAUCCAUGAGAACACGCAGCUGCUGGAGACCAAAAACGCUCUGAAUGUGGUGAAGAACGACCUGAUCGCUCAGGUGGACGACCUGUCCUGCGAGAAGGAGGUUCUGCGAGGAGAACUGGAGGCCGUCACUCAGGCCAAAGCCAAGCUGGAGGAGAAGAACAAGGAACUGGAGGAGGAGCUGAAAGCAGUCCGGGCGGAGCUGGAGGAGGCCAAGCAGAAGGUCAAGAACGAGAACGAGGACGAUAGCGACGUCCCGACGGCUCAGAGGAAGCGCUUCACCCGUGUGGAGAUGGCCCGGGUCCUGAUGGAGCGGAACCAGUACAAGGAGAGGCUGAUGGAGCUGCAGGAGGCCGUCCGGUGGACCGAGAUGAUCCGAGCCUCGAAGGAGAACCCCGCCCUCCCGGAGAAGAAGAAGUCCAGCCUCUGGCAGUUUUUCAGCCGUUUGUUUAGCUCGUCCGGCGGAGGCGGGAAGAAGCCGGCGGCGGCGGCGGAGGCCCCGGUGAACGUCAAGUACAACGCCCCCACCUCCCAGAUCCAGCCGUCCAUCAAGAAGAAGAGUAGCGCCCUGCAGCAGCUGCCCAGCGACAAGAGCAAGGCCUUCGACUUCCUGAACGAGGAAGCGCCGGCUGACAGCGUGGUGACCCGGAGGGAGCAGAAGCGGGCGCAGUACCAGCAGGUCAAGGCUCACGUGCAGAAGGAGGACGGCCGCGUCCAGGCGUACGGCUGGAGCCUGCCGAAGAAGCUGAAGGGAAACGGCGCCCAGGCGGACAAGAUGAAGAACCUGCCGGUGCCGGUCUUCCUCCGGCCGCUGGACGAGAAGGAGGCUUCCAUGAAGCUGUGGUGCGCCGCCGGCGUGAACCUGUCUGGAGGAAAGACCCGGGACGGCGCCCUGCUGGUGGGAGCCAGCGUGUUCUACAGCGACCUGUCCGGUUCUGAAGGCCCGCAGAAGAAGGCGGGCUCUCAGAGCAGCCUGGAGCAGCUGGACCAGGAGCUGGAGGAGCAGCAGAAGGAGCUGCAGCACCACGACCAGCUGUCCUCCCUGGUCUGGAUCUGCACCAGCACCCAGUCCACCUCCAAGGUGGUCGUCAUCGACGCCAACCAGCCCGGGAACAUCCUGGAGAGCUUCGUGGUCUGUAACGCUCACGUGCUCUGCGUCACCAGCGUGCCAGGCGCCAGAGAGACGGACUAUCCCGCCGGAGAGGAAGGACCUCCUCCGGAGGCGGGGCCAGCCGCAGACGGCGGCUCCUCUGCAGCCAAUAGCAGCGCGGCGUCCGGCGACAGCAUCCUGGGAGGGAUCACGGUGGUGGGCUGUGAGGCCGAGGGGUCCGCCGCGGUUCCUCAGACGGCAGAGACCGAUCCCAGAGCGGCAGAGGACGCAGGAGAGAGUCUGAGGAGCGUCCACGCCCAGACCUGCUUCUCCGACCCGCUGGGCGCCAGAGGGGCGGGAGACGGUUCUGAACAUGGGGAGGAGGGACCCCCCCGGGACGGAGCGGAAUCGAACCCUGAUCAGGAGGAGGAGCAGCGCGACCUGACCAUGGAGGAGGUCCAGAGGAUGAGCAGCAUUCAGCCCACCAUGUGGCUGGGAGCUCAGGACGGGCACCUGUACGUCCACUCCUCCGUGGCCCACUGGAGGAGGUGUCUCCACUCCAUCAAGCUGAAGGAGGCGGUCUUCGGCAUCGUACACGUGAAGGGGCGCGUUCUGGCCAGUAUGUCCGACGGAACCAUCGCCAUCUUCUGCCGAGGGGCAGACGGACAGUGGGACCUGAGCCGGUACCACCUGCUGGACCUGGGGCGGCCGCAGCACUCCAUCCGCUGCAUGACCGUCGUGCACGACACGGUGUGGUGCGGCUACCGGAACAAGAUCUACGUGGUGCAGCCCAAAGCCAUGAAGGUGGAGAAGUCCUUCGACGCCCACCCCCGUAAGGACAGCCAGGUGCGGCAGCUGGCCUGGCACGGCGACGGGAUCUGGGUUUCCAUCCGGCUGGACUCCACCCUCCGGCUGUUCCACGCCCGCACCUACCAGCACCUGCAGGACGUGGACAUCGAGCCCUACGUCAGCAAGAUGCUGGGAACGGGCAAACUGGGCUUCUCCUUCGUGAGGAUCACGGCUCUCAUGGUGUCCUGCAACCGCUUGUGGAUCGGAACCGGGAACGGAGUCAUCAUCUCCAUCCCUCUGACGGAGACCAGCAAGGCCUCCAAAGCUGCGGGGAACCUGCCCGGCGGCGUGGUCCGCCUGUACGGGGACGACAGCGGCGACAAGGUGACGGCCGGGACCGUCAUCCCCUUCUGCUCCAUGGCUCAGGCUCAGCUCUGUUUCCAUGGACACCGCGACGCCGUCAAGUUCUUCGCCGCCGUGCCGGGUCACGCAGUCCCGUCUUCGUCCAGCGGGGGCGAUGCGGCGCCAGAGAAGAGCGACGCUUCCUGUCAGGAGGGAACGAAGAGCGUGCUGGUGAUGAGUGGAGGAGAAGGCUACAUCGACUUCAGGAUGGGCGACGAGGAUGGCGAGGCGCAGGAGGCGGACGCCGCCCUCCUGAAGCUGCAGGCCUCCCCGGUCAAAGCCGAGCGCAGCCACCUGAUCGUGUGGCAGGUCCUGCUGGGCGGCGAGUGAACUUCCUGAUGACCUCUGACCCCGGGUCAGAUCCUGCAGCAGCUUCAGUCUGAAACCGUGGCGGCGGCGUUCAGAAACGGGCAUCAGCUCACCGUGAAGAGUCGGCGAUCCUGCAGGCGCUGAUCCUCGCCGCUGCUCCACAAAACCAUAAUUUCACUGUUUUCUGAUCCAAAUUCUUCGUUUUAGUUUCUCUCGCUUGCAGACUUUAAAUGGAUCGUGGAAACCAGACUCCGUUACCAUAGCAACCACAAUACUCAGUCUGAGCUUCAUCUCCAACCCAAAACCUGCAACAUUUCAGACAUGAGGAUAAAACUUUCCAAACUCCGACCUUCAUUGAACGUCGUCCGUACAUUCGUCCAAUCAGACGGUUUCUCGUCUCAGAAUCACGUUUUGAUGCUCAGUUUGAUUUUAGCGACAGACGCUCAGGAACCUCCGGGUUCCUCUCAGCUCCAUUCAGAGGAAACAGCCAAAGAGCCGCUGGAGGUCCAGAAAUCUGAAGCAAUAACGGCGUCCUGCAGCGUCCACUCAGACACUUUACCCGAGGCCUUCGCCGCGCCCGGACCAGCGCCGCCGCUUAUUUAUUCUCCUCAGAAGGUCGCUGUGGCGCCGCAGCGGACGAACUCUUGUGCAAUGAUCUAUUUUUAGACUUUCUUAUGAGGAAAUGAUAUUUUUGGAGGUGGGGGGGGUCUAAUCUUCAUCGCAUUUAAACGUUUCGUUUGUUUUCUUCACAAUCCGGGAAAAAAGUUUGUCUUUUUAUGACUUUUAUGUUAUUUUAAGGUGUUUUGGAGCAAACCUGAGUCUGUCUGAGACUCAGAUGAACUGCACUCGUGGUGGUUUGGAUUUCAACCGGACCGUGUGAGAGCGCGCAUGUGAGGCUGCACGUGUGAGUGUGUUCUUUUGCCAUGUCAGUAUAUAUUUACGUUGUUUGCAGCUGAGAAUGUAUCUUUGAAUAUAAAGCUGAGAUGAUGUCCACCAUGA